ACUUUUCUAACAUAUUUACUCAACCAAUUCAAUAUAUGUUGGUUUUAAAUUGAUGGGUUUUGUAUUUGAAAUGGUUUCUAAAUCAAUCAGACAAAAAACAAUUGCAUAAUCUUCCCAAAUUGUGCGUUAGGAAUCUGAAUUGUCUGGCUUCUGAACCUGUAACUUAUAGUGGUUAAAAAUGGUGGCGCUCUUUUGAAGUUAAGGAGUGAAUAGUUUCUGGAAAUGGGGAUUUGAUUAUGUGGGUACAUGUGCAUUUCUUAUUGGUGUUUGAUCUUUGGAAAGGAAAAAUAUGGACGAGGAAGACAACCUCAUUAAACUUGCAGAAAUGGAUUAGGAAAGGAAUCACAUAGCUAAGGAUUGCCCCAAACUUUCCCUUGAAUUAGUAGUGCUUUGUCCAUAGCUUGAUAAAAGCUAAUAGCUAAAUUACUCAAGCAAGGAGGUAUGGAAGCUCUAUUUUUCUGAGUAAGGUGCGCAAAAUAGGGAAGGAGCCGUCUGUCAUUGAUCUCUUCUCACAUGUCUGUAUUAUUGUGGUGGGAGGGGAGCUUGAAUCUUUUGGCUAUAUUGCUUGGUGGCUGUGGAGAAACAGGAAUUUACAAAGGCAUUGUGAAACUGUGUUACAACCAGCUGCAUUAAUAAGGAUGGCAGCGGACUGGCAGACGAAAUUUUUUGGGGAUGGCAGGGCUGCUUCUAUCCCAAGUACAAGAUGGCAGGGCUGCUAUCCCAAGUCAACAUAGCAACGAUAAGAUACUAGUCUACUACUAUAUCAUAGCAACCAUAAGAUACUACUGUAUUAUAGCAGCCCUCUCUAUAGGCUGAAACUGAAUUUUGAUGGAGCAUGUGAUACAAGGAGUCUAUGGGAUUGGCGUGGUCUUUAGGGAUGAACACAGAGGUUUGAAGGGAGCCAUAGCUAUUCCUCAAGUUGAAAAUCUAUCACUAAGAUCUAUUGAGGCUCUUGCACUACUUCAUGGACUUGAGUUUGCUAGUCAUGUUGGAUUCAAAAACCUGGAGAUUAAAGGCAAGGUCAAAGAUGUAACUAGAGUUCAAACACUUCUCUUCAGCGCAACCUUACCCUCUUGGGGGCAAAAUAUUUCCAGAAGGUUCCUUAAAUCAGAUAAGAAAACUACAGAUCUGGUUGGUAAUGAAAAGAUGAAGGCCAGCAUCAAUGUUAGGCAUAUUGUUCUUCCCUAUGCUUAAUUUGAUUUGUAGUAUUGUUUGAGUUUGGUUUUGCUUUCUCUUAUGGCUAUAAUUCAAUAAAAAAAAAUUUCUAGCUCAUUUUCCUUAUACUUGAGCAAGGACCUGCUGGUGUUUCGUGUGUGUUUCUUUGAUUCAAUAAAUAAACUAGCCAAACAUGCCAUUUUGCU